UUUUUUUCAGUUGUGUGGAAGACAGCUCCAUUCUAAAAAGGCUCAUCAGCCUCUUUACUGUCUCGUGUCCCCUCCAGAAUGGGUGCUGGGAGGGUCCCCUGGGUAGUGGUUCUCCUAGUGAACCUCGUGAGGCCGAAUUCCUUCAUGUCUGAAGGCAGAGACUCCCCAGAGGACUUUGUGAUUCAGGCAAAGGCGGACUGUUACUUCACCAACGGGACAGAGAAGGUGCGCUUCGUGGUCAGGUUCAUCUUCAACCUGGAGGAGUACUUACACUUCGACAGUGACCUGGGGAUGUUUGUGGCGCUGACUGAGCUGGGGGAACCUGAUGCUGAGCAGUGGAACAGACGCUGGGACCUCCUGGAGCGGAGCAGAGCCUCUGUGAACAUGGUCUGCAGGCAGAACUACAGGCUGGGGGCCCCCUUCACCGUGGGGAGAAACGUGCCACCCGAGGUGACAGUGUAUCCAGAGAGGCCCCCGCUGCUGCGGCAACACAACCUGCUGCUCUGCUCUGUGACAGGCUUCUACCCCGGGGACAUAAAUGUUGGGUGGUUUCGGAAUGGACAGGAGGAGAGGUCUGGGGUCAUCUCCACUGGCCUUGUGAGGAACGGAGACUGGACCUUUCAGAUGACAGUGAUGCUGGAAAUGACCCCAGAGCUUGGUGACGUCUACAGCUGCCUUGUGGAGCACCCCAGCCUCCAGAGCCCCAUUUCAGUGGAGUGGGUGGCUCAGUCUGAAUAUUCGUGGAAAAAGAUACUGAGUGGAGGCGCAGCAUUCCUGCUUGGGCUGAUUGUCUUCCUGGUGGGGGUUGUUAUCCACCUCAAGGCUCGGAAAGCAUCUGUGGAGACCCGGUCAGGCAAUGAGGUCUCAAGAGCCACCUCAUCCCCAGUAAGAUCCUAAUGGAAGCUUCUCCCACAGAGACUGAAGAAGUGUCAGAAGUCCAGGGCCCUGGGGCGGGUAAAGAACAGUGCUCUAGAAUUGUGCGAUGUGGUCAUGUAUCUUCUCCUAUGGUUCCUUCUCCCUCCUGUCUGUACUUCAGUAGUCCCCAUUUCCAGAACGGUGUCCAGAAAUUCCCUUAGGACCCAAUUCAUCCCAGUCCCACGUUGUUUUGGUCUCUGUGUUCUGACCCUAACCCUGUGAGUCGGGAACCCCAGUCUUUCUGUCUUCCAGCCAUAGUUUCCAGUCUUCCAGUCACUUUAAAAAUCCCUUGUAUUGUAAAAUAAAACAGCCACAGAUAACCAUA